UCGAAGGUCACAGGACUUCCUUUAGCUCUUCAGAUUUUGGGCUCCUUCCUUAUUGCAGGACAGAUGCUAGAGCAGAGCUCACAGCAAGAUAUAGCCUUGGCCAAUGGCUUUUGUGGAAGACCAAGAAGCAUCAACUUCAACACAGAUAUCUCCUUACAAAGUAUUCUUGAGUUUUAGAGGCGAAGACACACGUUUUACUUUCACUAGCCACCUUUAUACAGCUCUGGUGAAUGCUGGUAUCAAAACAUUUAGAGAUGAUAAAGAUAUUAGUAGAGGAAACACAAUAAAGUUAGAGCUGGAGAAAGGGAUUAAUCAGUCAAGUGCUUCAGUAAUUGUCUUUUCGGAGAAAUAUGCCUCUUCCAAGUGGUGCCUCAAUGAACUUGCAAUGAUCCUUGACCGAAGUAGAACCUCUAAACAUAUAGUUUUACCAGUUUUCUAUCAUGUCGAACCUACAAAUAUUAGAAGACAGUCAGGCAGCAUUGGAGAAGCAUUUGCUGACUACGAUAAGGAAAUUGAACGAGAAAGUAAUGUAGAAAAGAAAAAGGAAUUGGAGGAGAAUAUAAUAAAGUGGAGGGAAGCUCUUGAACAUGCUGCAAAUAUAUCUGGAAUGGAAUUAAAAAAGGAAGCUAACAGGGAUGAGGCAGAAUUUAUUCAAAAAGUUGUAAAAGAGGUACGGAAUAAAUUAAGACUUAAAAGCAUGGAUGUCCCUCCAUACCUGGUAGGAAUGUCUUCACAUAUGAGAGACAUUGAUUUGUGGAUACGAGAUGCUGCUACCAAUUCUAGCAUACUGGUGAUAGUUGGCAUGGGUGGUAUCGGGAAGACAACAAUUGCGAAGUGUGUCUUUAAUAAGUACCAUGAAGAUUUUGAUGGUUCUAGCUUUGUCUCUGAUAUAAAGGAAAGAUCAAAACAAACUAAAGGUUUAAUUAAAAUACAAAAGCAACUUCUUUCAGAUAUAUGCAACAGAACGGAAGAACUAUAUAUUGUUGAUCAAGGAAUGCAUCAGAUUAGAGAUGCCAUCAGUUGCAAACAAGUUCUUCUAGUUCUAGACGAUGUAGAUCACAUCAGCCAAUUGAAUGCAAUAUUCGGAGUGCACGGUAGCUUAUUUGAGGGAAGUAAGAUUGUUAUUACAACCUGGAAUGAGAAUUUGAUAAAAUCAUUUAUGAUUCAUAAGCUGUAUAAGGUCAAAGCUUUAAGGAAUGAUGAAUCGGUUGAGCUCUUCAGUUUUCAUGCUUUUCAACAAGGGCACCCACCUGAUGUAUACAUGGAGCAGACAAAAAAAAUAGUUAAACUUUGUGAAGGACUUCCAUUAGCUCUUCGGAUUUUGGGGUCUUCUCUUAUUGAUAAGGAAUUAGAAUUAUGGGUUUGUCUAGCAAAGAAGUUAGAAACAAUUCCUGAAGGUGAAAUUGUAGAAAAACUCAAGAUCACUUAUGAUUCCUUGCCCGAAGAUAUCAAGGAUAUAUUCCUUCAUAUUGCCUGUUUUUUUCCUGGUGAAGACCGUGAUAAAACAGUUGAGAUACUAGAUGCAUGUGAGAUGCACGCACUUGUUGGUAUUGAUUAUCUCCGUGAUCGAUGUCUUCUGGAAAUUGCUUCUAAUAAUAGGAUAACGAUGCAUCUAUUAGUUAGAGCCAUGGGAAGAGAUAUUGUUCGCCAAGAAUCACCUAAUGAGCCUGGGGAACGCACUAGGUUAUGGAAUUCAAAGGAUUGCUUUGAUGUACUAUAUGAUAAAACUGGUACAAAAUCAUUGCAAGCUCUAGCCUUUCACAUGAAAAUCAAUUCAAAAGAAAACUCAGAUGACCCAUACUUCGACACUGAAGCAUUUGCGAUGAUGCAGAAAUUGAAGUUUCUGCAGCUCAGUAAUUUAGAACUCAGUGGAAGCUAUGGAAAAUUUCCUAGAAGCUUACGAUGGUUGUCCUGGCAUGGAUGUAACUCUGAAUAUGUACCUAAUGAUCUAUCUUUGCGGCGGCUGGUUUGUCUUGAUAUGCAGCAUAGUGCCUUGGUGCAAGUAUGGAAGGAUUCAAAGUGUCUUCCAGCACUGAAGAUCCUCAACCUUAGUCAUUCUGAAAAGCUUAACAAAAGUCCAGACUUCUCAAAGCUCCCAAAACUUGAGAAAUUGUUCCUCAAAGGUUGUACAGAAUUGGUUGAAAUUUGUGAAUCCAUUAUAUCCGCGGAGGGGCUUGUUUUACUGGACGUUAAAGAUUGCAGAAAAUUAACUAAGCUUCCUAGAAGCAUAGGCAACCUAAAAUCUCUUGAAAUCUUGGAUAUCUCUGGUUGCUCUGGUCUUAGGGAGUUUCCUGGGGGGCUAAUUAAUUUGCAGUUGCUGAAAGAGUUUUGUGCUGAUGACUUGGACAUGAAUGCAUUACUUCCUCUGGCUAAAGAACUCCGAAGUUGGAACUCUUUCCCCCAAUGUAUAAGGAAAUUAAGUCUUGCUCGUUGCAAUUUAUCAAAUGAUCAUUUCCCCCAAGAUUUAAGUAACUUGCCUUCAUUAACAUAUUUGGAACUGAGUCAGAACUUAUUUACGAGCCUCCCAGACAGCUUCCAAACUCUUCGGAAGCUUGAAAAACUUUGCUUAAACCACUGUCCACUGCUUCAGUCUGUUAGAGGUCUCCCUAGGAAUUUAAAAAAUCUUCUUAGGGUAGGCCAUGCGAAGUUUGCUGAGCAGGCUGAUGCAUAUUACCUUGAAUGUCUUCAGUGCCGCAGUCUGGUCGAAGUUGAGGGCUGUUUCAAGAGGGUAUCUAUCAGAUAUGUGGACAGAAGAAUAAAAAAGAACUUGGGGUUGCUGGAACUGGAAAAGAAAUUGAUAGAACUUGAUCUGUACAAGGAUAUCAAGGUGACACAUGAAUAUGGCAUAUUCAGCACGUGGGUUCCAGGGGAUGAGCUUCCAGGAUGCUUCACCUUUAAAAAAGAGGACAUAACAGGGCUAACAUUUAUUGUUCCAAAUAACCUUGAGAUCCAGGGCUUGACUGUAGGAUUUGUCUAUGAUGGGGAACCACGAGAAACAUAUUUUUUGGUGUUGGUGACAGUUUAUAAUCGAACCAAGGAUUUGAGAUGGAAUUAUGAUGUUAUUUCCCGCUCACAUAUCAGUGUCUUAUGGCUGAUCUACUUCAAGUUGGGAACAUUACUUGAAGCUGGGGAUGAAAUUACUAUUUCAGUUAGAAAAAGCCCUUCUAUCAAAGAGUUUGGUUUUAAGCUUGUGCCCUACGGAGGCAAUGAUGCUGAUGAAGAAGUAUAUGACAUUGACAUUGAUCAUGACAUCUUGACAUCCGAACAGAACAAUGCCACUCGUCUUUCUCUGGCUGAUGAAACGUUUUUCCAACUGUCUGAUUUUAAUAUUCCUGGGAAAUUCUAUUUAUUUGGCCGGGAGAAUCUUGUUUACUCGAACAUAGUUGGUAAAUCUUAUUCUCUCCUAUUACAUGGAAGAAACCUCACGAAUAUGUUACUCGUCCCAAGAUUUAUUCAGGGCAAGGAUGAUCAGAUGAUACGUGCAAAUAAUAUUUGUAGGAUUGAUAUUGAUACAACCUCUGAUGACACAAGUACAAGGAAUUGAACGCGAUUAGGUUCAAGCAUACUCCAAACAUAAGGAAUUCAUUGGUGGAGCAUAAAGAGUUGAAGACACCUUAGUAGCAAGCAUCGAAGAGUACAUAUUGGUGAGAAAUUUGGUCCUUAUGAGAGGCUUCCUUGGGCUCAAUAUCAUAUCCGAAAGGUUCACUGGUGAGUUUCUAUCCAUCUCCCUUGCUCACCCUGACCAGAUAAUGUAAACAAGAAAGAUAGAAGUGCUGCAAGGUGCGGAGUAGGCCGAUGUUGUAUUAAGACUUUAGUGCUCCAUGUGAUUGGGAUUGGAGAACUGUGAACAAAAUUAAUGGAGAAAAAAGGCUGAUGUAUUUCUGGCACCCCAGAUCGAGCAGCAAUUAAAAUGUUCAGCUUUGACAUGGUUGGCCGUGCUCUUUUCUGAAAUGUUGACAUCUCUCAUACAAUAUGGACAAUGUACUUGCAAUUCAGACUUUCCUUCUUCUAGGCAAGCUUAUUACAGUAUGUUAUUGCAAGUGACAGAUUAUGAUCCGAGUUGGCAUACAAGGUGUUCCUUAGAAGUUAUUGUUAUAUCCAAAAUUCAACAUGGACCUUACUGAUGGGCUAGGCCCAUAAAGAAGAUGAAGAUAUGGACUGACACGCUCAAUAUUAGGCUCGGCAAUAUGUGGGCGCGCCCACAUAUUUGACCGCGUCCAAAAGGACCUCCAGUGAGGGCGCGCCUUAGUUGGAGGAAGAAGACACAUCUCAAUUUUAAAAGGAAAUGAUUUAAAUGAAGACCAACUUUGUGGGCCAGGCCCAUGAAGAUGAUGACGAAAGACUAUAUUAGGCUGGAGUGUUUGUGAUUGAGCCGGGUCAUAUGUGGCCGCGCCCUUUUUUCAUGGCGCGCCCUGUUGUUGAGGACACAUUAAUAUAUGAAGAUAGUUUACAUGAUGAUAAGGACAUGAUGUGACAUAUUGUGCUCAGGGGGAUGCCCUUAAGCAUAUGUGGGGCCUACUGUUGACAGUAGAAGACUCUACCUUGUAUUCUGAGGAGUCGUCCUUCUUGGGAGGUAGAGGAUGAAGACUAGAGAAGACCUAGUCUGGCAAGUUGUCCUUGUCGGGGAGCUUAUGGAACCUUCUUGAAGAUAUAUCGAGGAAGGCUCUAUCUAUGUAGUCUGGUGAGUUGUCCUCAUUAGGGAGUAUAGAAAGGCCUUUUUCAUUUGGGGUAAGUCUUGGACCGCUCGAGAGUCUACAAGACGCAUUACUAGGCAUCAUCGUAUUGGGCCCCUUUCAGGAACGCGGCAGAAGGGGAAACCGAAUCCAAGUAGGUAUCUUAGGAGAAUAGAACUACGUCCGGCUUGAUUCCCUAUAAAACGGGGUACGUAGGCACAUUUUAGGCAUCGGCAAUUCUUGAGAGCAAGAUACUAGUGAAGGAACCCUAGUCUUUUUCGCAAUCACGAACUCUAGUCUACGAUCUCAGCCACAUCUACAUACAUCACCACCACUCUGCGGUACGAGUAGCGACCGUCACAAAUCUUGAUUCCGGCUACAACCUCGAAUUUUGUUGACUACCAAAUUCCUCUGUUAACAAUUAUGCUCUAGAGUUGAACUUCAUAUCGAUUCGGGCUAUACUUUUAAGAUUUUCCUAUAUAUUAGGACGGCCCCCAGUUGAAAGUUGCUAGUUACAACUUACAACAAUUUUCGCCAAAUUCAAUAAUUUAAAAACUAACCUCCAUUAGCUAAUAAAGGGCGCAACACGACUUCUUAAAUAAACAAACAAAAUCUCAGGAAUCGUGAGUUAACUCUAAACAGCUAUACAACAAUUUUUGCUAAAUUCAAUAAUUUAAAAACUAACCUCCAUUAGCUAAUAAAGGGCGCAACACGACUUCUUAAAUAAACAAACAAAAUCUCAGGAAUCGUGAGUUAACUCUAAACAACUCCAAAAAUAUGUCUACAAUAUAGAAUCAAAGUUACUCCAACAAUAACAUCAUUUGCAUUCAGAAUAACUUCUUAAAAACCACGAUUCUUAUUAACAUACUUGAUACCAUACUGGAUAUUAACCUCCAUUUUGUGUUGUUAAUCACACUUUUCUUUUGCAUAUUCAUUUACUAACCAAAUAUCUUAUAACUAAUUAUUUUAUGUCUUUCAGAAUUAUAUUCACAAAAGAAAGUGACCAGGUAAACUUUUCAUCAGUUAAACCACAGUCCACAAAACCAUUAAAAUAAUAAAUAAAUUCUAAUGUCCGGACCUUUUCAUAACGAACAAUUAUCAAAUUUUAAGGGUUUUUUUGUUAGGUUCAUGUACAUGAUACUUUUAUACCUAAAGGGCAUUCUUCUGACAUCCAAUUUUUGUUAUAGUUAUUUAACUUUGUGGAGGACUUCCUUUAGCUCUACUGAUUUUGGCUCUUUUCUUGUUGGUAAGAAAUUAGAAACCAUUCCUGAUGGUGACAUUGUCGGAUAACUUAAUAUAAGGUUCUGACUCCUUGCCAGAUGAUGAUGUGAAGAAUAUAUUCCUUUAUAUUACUUUUUUUAUUUCUAGAGAAUACCAUAAUCAUACAGUUAAUAAUUGAUAUAUAUCUAAUGCAUGUUAGCUGCAAGAAGUUGUUGGUAUUUUUCAACCCGUUGAUCGAUGUCUUUCGAAAAAUGAUUUGGUAGAAAAAUGAUGAUUCAUCUUUUAAUGAGGGACAUGGGAAACUAUAUAUUGUUCACAAUGAAUAACCUGAUGAGCCUGGAGAAUGAAGUAGGUUAUGGCUUAACUAUUAUUGCUUUGACGGGGAAAAAUUUAAGAAAACACACUUCUAGUGAGGCUGUUUUGUAUCUGAUGUACCUACUUUUCUG